UGGGCUGCAUUUUGGGAUCGCGCUCUCCCGCUACGCGAAGGUGACUGUGGAUCUGCCACCAGAAGGAGCUCAGCCAUGUGGGCCCCCAGCCGGCGUCACCUCUGCCUGGCCUUCCUGAUUGUCUGUGCCCUCUCAGCCAUAUCUUUCUUUCUCCAUCUCCACCAAGACAUUUUUCGAAAUGCCCUUGACCUGUCUGUCCUGUGUCCAGACCGCCACCUGCAGACGUCGCCUGUAGCCUUUGUAUGCCUGCCCAGCACACCACCGGCUCCAAACACGUCCUCUUCUGGUCCCCAGUCCCUUGCCCCCAUCUCGGGAACUUGGACAAUCUAUCCAGAUGGCAGGUUUGGGAACCAGAUGGGGCAGUACGCCACGCUGCUUGCCUUGGCCAAACUCAACGGUCGCCGAGCCUUCAUCCUGCCCGCCAUGCAUGCGAGCUUGGCACCCGUGUUCCGCAUCACCCUGCCGGUGUUGGCACAGGAGGUGGAGAGUCGCACGCCCUGGCGGGAGCUCCACCUCCACGACUGGAUGUCAGAAGAAUAUUCUCACUUGACGGAGCCUUUUCUGAAGCUCACUGGCUUUCCCUGCUCUUGGACCUUCUUCCACCAUCUCCGGGAACAGAUCCGCAGUGAAUUCACCCUUCACGAUCACCUUCGGGAGGAGGCCCAGCAGGUCCUGAGGCGGCUUAGCCUGGGUGGCACCGGGGGCCGUCCUCGCACCUUCGUGGGCGUGCACGUGCGCCGCGGGGACUAUUUGCAGGUGAUGCCCCAGCGCUGGAAGGGGGUGGUGGGCGAUCGUGCUUACCUCCAACAGGCCAUGGACUGGUUCCGGGCUCACCACGACGACCCCAUCUUUGUGAUCACCAGCAAUGGUAUGCAGUGGUGCCGUGAAAAUAUUGACACCUCCCAUGGCGACGUGGUCUUUGCUGGCAACGGCCUGGAGAGUACUCCAGGGAGGGACUUUGCCUUGCUCACUCAGUGCAACCACACCGUCAUGACCAUUGGUACCUAUGGCUUCUGGGCUGCCUACCUGGCUGGUGGAGACACUGUCUACCUAGCUAACUUCACCCAGCCAGACUCUGAAUUCUUAAAAAUCUUUAAGCCCAAGGCUGCCUUCCUGCCGGAGUGGGUGGGCAUUAAUGCGGAUUUGUCUCCACUUGGGGCAUGGGGCCAGCCUUGA